AUGAAGGCUGAUAUGUCUACUGCUGAUUUUAGUGAUAGAGAAGAGGAAUGUGGUCAAGAGGGAUCAUUUGAAAUGAUAGCGGGAGCAUGUUCCAAUCCUACUGAAUAUGCUCUCCUUGCAAAUCGAUUCAAACUUCUAAAGUUAGUACAACGAAUUGCACAUGUAGAUGUGAUGGAUAUGAUUGAAGCAGUAGGUCUUGAUGCGCUUAUCUCCAAAGAUGUAUUAAGACGCUUCUCACCUGGGCCGAGUAGGAGCAAUGCUGUGAGGCAUACCCGCGAUCCAUUGGUGCAUUCGAUAUCUCCAAGAGUGCAUGCCGGCAAAGUAGAUCCCAAAGGAUAUUUUAACAAGCUUGUCAGGGGUCGUAAUCAGGGUUCAGCUCUUUCUUGUACGCCCAGGGGAGAACCCUCGUUUUCUGCGUAUGUGCCGCGUCGAACUCGAGACGACGAGCGUGCUAUCGCGGCAGCUUUAAAUAAUCAACCGUCACGUGCACCCCGCCCUAGAUUUGAUGCGAAUAAAAAUGGUAGAAGUAACUUAGAAAAAGAGGGCACACUGGAUAUGCUUCAUUGGCACCACAAGUCUGCCAUGGCUGCUCGAGGUCCUCACCGUUUUCGAUCCGGUGACGAAAAAGAUGCUUUCUUUGCUCGAAUGGCCGUUCCCAAAUAUUACUAUAGCGAACCACUUAUAGAGGAUGUCCAAUCUUAUGAUCAAUCGGACGUCUUUAUAAAGGGGGAAAAAGAUACCGCCGCGUCAAGUUCUAUUCCUCCCGUCCUGCCGCGGUUUCAUCCGAUGUCAGAGUCCGCACGGAUUUGGCGGGGAAAAGUAAUCGAAACCCGGGUUUCACCGAGUCCGUCAUCGUCCCCGUGUUCGCCAUACCCCAUCCCGACUGACAAGCUGAGAGCGAACCCGACGGUGGGUGGCCCAUUCGGGAAGGAGGAUCCCCAGGGGCACCUAAGAAGUCCUCAAGGGCUUGGAAUCCGGGGUCAUGAUCCCCCUCUCCAAUCCACAUCCUCCCUAACCCGUGCCCCGAGCCCUUUCUUGUCGUCUCGACCGCCAACGGACCUGACCCCGGUUUCUUCCACGAUCCCCCGCCCGGCGCCUCCCACCUUGACGGCCUCACCAGAUGCGAAAACUUCUCUCCCGGGGGAUUUGAGCCCAGGACCAUCCCAUCCCCGAAAGCGGGUCAAACCCGUCUUGACACUUUCCCCAAAGGACGCCCCCCACAGCCCUCCAACUUCCUCUAGGAGACGGCACUUACCCAUGGAGGCGAUUCAACAUGCGGCUUUCAUCUUGUCCGCGCAACUUCCCCCCAUGGCGUUUCGUCAGGGACCCCAGACACCACAAGGGCCGCCCGAGACGCCGUCCCAGCCUCCCCUUCUUCCUGUGACAAGUGAGCACCCGUCCAGGCAUGAGGUGGUCCGUCCCAGCGCCGAGGUGGGGAUUCAGGUCUCCCCUGAUAACACGCAUUCGUUGCAUCAGCUCUCUCACACGGUCGAUAAGAUGCUUCAGGAUCAUCAGCAGGUUCUGCAAGAAGUCAUACGCGGCGACUUGGAGGGCUCAAGCUUAGAAAUCCAUAAAACGAAGGCCCAAGGGACCUCUGGGGAGUCUCUUUCCAAAGGCACACUACACGGGGUCAUUCCUACAGUAGAAAUAGAUACAAAAUCAGAGGACGAAGGGGAAUCCGCUUCCUUGUACAAUGAAAUGCUAGCUUACGCUGACCUACAUCAACGAAUCGAAUCCAUGGAGAGUGAGUUGGAGAGGGUUGAGGUGUCGGUUCUCAAUGACAAACAAGAGAAUGGUCAUCAUUCAAGAGGACUUCCAAUACAGACACAGGACUCCAAAGUUUUAUCGAAGAACAGUGGAUUGGCUAAUUCUUCUUUUUUGCCAUUUUCGAACGCUAUUACGAUAAAGGGACAGAAUGGCGUAGAGGCGACGCCGGGCGCGUUGUCUUCUUUUGAAUUCUUCCCGAAUCAUGGGGAGAGUCGCGUAUUGAAAUCGAAACCACAACGUGGAAUGAUGCCAGAUACGGUUGUACGGCGUUUGCUGGCACACCAACGCACCGCACAUGAGUACAUUGCAUAUAAUGAAAGACAAUAUAAUACGAGCCAGAGUUCUCAAUACGUAUUCGCUCAAAGGUUAACUAACGCUUUACUAGAGGACUGCUUCACUGAGGUUGUGGAGGAAGUGGGGCAUAUCAUGGAUGACUAUGUUUUGGGUCUUGUUGAUCAUGAGCUUCAGUAA